AAUCAAGUCAGUAUUAUUGGGUCACAGCUGUGUGCUUCUAUGUUGCAAAUCUAAAUAAGAUUUUUUUAUUUUGCAAUCUGCUAUUACGAAGUGAAGGAUUUCGAUGGAGCCAGGUUUUUGGACUUCUGUCCCAUCUGUUUUGACUGAUAAUUGCAAGACAGAUACUCAUUUACAUUUUUGUUUGUCAUGAUUAAAGAUUUGUUUUCCUUAAAUUAACAUUGAGUUAAUGUUUCCAUGUUAAGUUAAUAAUUUCCUCAGAUUGAUGCUAAAUAAUAAUGCCAGGCUAUGAUUCAGUGAAAGAAAACCCCUUGCUCACUUUUGUGUGGGUUUAUGAUCAUAAUACUCAAUCUGAUGAUGAGAUGUUCAACCCACAGUAAAUGUAGAUGUAUAUUCGCACCUCAAGUAACACAACUAUAGUUUUAUAUCUAGAUCUAUACUUCUUAACACACAACUGAUUAAAUCCCAUAUUUUGUACUUACAGUUAAAAUCAAAAUAUGGCAUCAUUUAAGAAGUAAGUAAACAGACACUGUUUUGAGGUGCGCAACCAUUUUUGGGUUUUGUUUUAUAGCAGGGAUGCUUCUCACAAUGCUCUCGAACUUUUCAAAAACACAUUCAAACUUAGGUGUGUCAUCAACAGACGUGUUGGGUGGAGAAAAGAGGACGCAACUGACAAUGCUAGAAUUGCACUCGACGUUCAUCUGUGCAUUUGAGAGGUAAGGACAGCAGUACUUCAAGACAGAAUUUAGACAGUACUUUUUGUACUAUAACCUAACAUUUGAAAGUUUUGUCUUUAAAUAUUCAUAAAUGUCAGAUUGUGGUAUCAUGCUUAAAUUUAUAGAUAAUCAACAUUAUGUGAUGGUGUUUUGUGGUGCAGGCCGUAUUGAGAAAAUUAUCUGACAUCAAAGAUUUGAGGAAUUAUAUGAUGACAAACGAUGUCAUGUCUGAGAAAUGCUCUCACAAUUCAUACAGUUACGGCCAACAAAAAAAGCUAAAUCAGUAAAAGUUUGGUUUCAAAUUGGUAAAAAUUUGGUUAGACUCACAUUGUCAGAAAGGUAUUCAUUUAACAAGAUGUUUUUUAUUGUAGUUGUCGUUUGCAGGGGGAUGGAACUAUUAGUGACACAGUCAGAGGUGAUUUGAAUGUUGGCUUUUUAAAGAUACCUUCCAGAAAAAAAGCGAUUAAAGCAUCUCUAAAGAUUCGGAGCAGUUUUACACCACUGCUAACUACAACAAUACAAUAACAAACAUAUGGACCCAUACAGUAUAUCUUCAAAUGUUUGGGACAGCUCUUGGAAAUGUUGUGAUGUAACCCAAAUUUGAAAAAUACAUUUGUUCAUUUAUUAUCAAAAUGUGCUUUGCUGUUUUGCUAGCUGUCCAAAUAGGGUGUCUUAAGUGAACUAUGAAAGUAGUUAAUUAAAGUAGUUCAGCAGCAGUUUUGCACCUACAAUGCGAUAACAGCACACAGGGGGGCUCUCCACCAAGCGCAUGUUUGGCAGGUGGCGGGCUUGGUUGGAAACCUCAAGCUUUGGCAUUUCAAACGAACAUGCACUCGCAGGUGUGCAAUGAUUGUGAGGAGUUUUGUCUGACUCCUCCAGGUCCUGUCAUGCCGCGGUCGUUUCUUGUGAGGAGUAAAAAGACUCACCCCCCUGGUUCAUCCAAAGACUUCUUCAGACAGCAGGAUAUAUCUCAUACUGAUAAAGGUCAGCCUGUGGACCAAGUUGGAAAGGACUCCGAAGAUAAUGUGCGGGCUGUUUUCCCUAAGGAGCUUCUGUCUGAAGUCCAUUCCCCAUGGGAGGGAACAUCUUUGCAGAAUCAAUGCUAUCUUGCAAGAGACCCCUCUUCAUCUGUAAAAUCCCCUGCGAAUAAUAGUAAUGCAGUGCUGGACUCUACAUGGUCAACAAACAGAAAACAGACAUCUGACAGAGAACAACAACUAGAGAAACUGGUCUUCAUGUUACUCCACUGCAAGUCACAUACAGACCUCAGCGCUCCAUUCAGCCAGUGUCCUCUCUGUGAAAAGUCUCUUUCACAACUCGAUCUGCAGUCUCAUGUCAGUAGCACCUCUCCUGUCCCUUUGAUGAGGUCUCCAGCCACAGAAAUGUCUUCAAUGACUUUCGCAUCAAUUGGGAGUUAUGGCAGAGCAAAGGGGCGAAACUUUGGCUGCAAAGUGUGUGGAAAAAUGUUCAAGCGCUCAUCUACACUGUCCACACAUCUGCUCAUCCACUCAGACACCAGGCCUUACCCGUGCCAAUACUGUGGUAAAAGGUUCCACCAGAAGUCAGACAUGAAGAAACACACCUUCAUACACACAGGUGAGAAACCACACGUGUGCAAGGUGUGCGGUCGAGGAUUCAGUCAAAGCUCCAACCUCAUCACUCACAGUCGGAAACACGACAGCCGGCCGUUCAGCUGCCCCACCUGUCGCCACAGUUUCCACUGCAGUGUCGACCUACAGCGCCACCAAGAGACUCUGUGUGGCUAUGGAAGCAUAUAUGCUCAGAAUUGACGCAAUAUAAAAUGUGCCGUGUGACGAUGUGCAUGGUCAAAAGGGAUAGCAAUUAAAAAGUAGACUGAUUGUAGUAGCUUUAUGUA